UACGAGAUUCGAGACUUUUAUUUUGAACUUGAUUCUAAAUCUACCGGAAGUUGAGAACUUUUCUACUGGUUGCAGCGGUCGGAAAUUUCGCGCGGAAAAAAAACAACAGGCAUGGCGGGACGCGGGAAAAGGAAACCCAAAUCUUUGCCCCAGACAGAAACGCUGAAUGGAUAUGUAAAAAAAGCAAAAGAAGACCAGACGGAUGGAAAGAUGGUUGAAGAAGAGAUGAGAGAGGAGGUGGAGAGGUUAUACAAACUACGCAUGCCUGAGGAUUUCUACCAGUUUUGGAAAUUUUGCAAGGGACUUUGUGCAGACUGUCCACAAGAUGCCCUAAAGGAAACGCUCGGGCUUCAGUUAGUCGGUCCAUUUGAUAUCCUGGCCAAAAAGCACCAACGGUCAUCUUCAACCCAGCCCAACUUCAAUCUACAUUGGCGUUACUUUUACGAUCCCCCAGAAUUCCAGACGAUCAUACAGGGCAACGCAGACACACAACAUCACAUGGGCUACUUUAGAGAUUCACCUGAUGCUUUGCCUGUUUUCAUUGGGGAGAAUGAAGCCAAGAAGGGCUAUACAAUCACACAGAUGGGGGACAACAUAUUUGCGGCAGUUCUGCUGUUUUUGCAGAAGAAAAGAAAGGAGAAGGGAUACCAGAAGGAUGAAGUGGCUUUGGAAAGUUUAGAAGAAGAUUUGAAACAAGAGGCAGAGAGGUUGGGCUUGCCUCUGGACCAGAAAACUAAAGCAAUGAAACAAAGAGAGAAAAAGGUGGUCACAAAGACAUUUCAUGGAGCAGGAAUUGUGGUUCCAGUAGAUAAAAAUGAUGUUGGAUACAGAGAAUUACCAGAAACCGAUUCAAGUCUGAAGAAGAUUUGCAAAGCAAUUGCAGAGGCCAAAAACGAUGAGGAAAGAAUAAAGGCCUUCGCACCCAUCCAGGAAAUGAUCACAUAUGUUCAGUUUGCCAAUGAUGAAUGUGAUUACGGCAUGGGCUAUGAGCUUGGGAUCGACCUCUUCUGUUACGGCUCGCACUAUUUUUAUAAAGUGGUACGUCAGCUGCUCCCAAUGGCAUACAGUCUGCUGAAGAGAGGUCUGUUUGGAGAGAUACUGGAGGCGCAUCUCACCAGUCGUUCCCACGACAACCUUGACCAGCUCGCCGCUGUCUGAUGUAUUGCGAGAAGAUGAUAGGCUGUGUUCAGAAUGACUUGCAGUAAAACAUGUUGGGGUGGUGGCUGUGACAGAUUACACUGCACUAAAUUCUGCCGGUAGGUGUUCUCAAUUGAAAACGAUGUGAAGCCCAAGACUACGUUGAAAAGCAUUAUUUUCUCCAACCCACAAAUUACUCUUACUUAUAUUAAAGGUGCGACAGCUGAUUAUUUGAUGCAUUCAAUUGAAUAUUUUCUCAAGCAUAAUUUUAAUUGGUUUAGUUUAUUCACAAAGGUUUAGAUUUACACGAUAAGAUGCUCUUUAGUCUUUACCUCAUUUUUAUAAUAUACUGUCAGGCCGCUGCACCGUAGAGAAAUGAACUAUGACUCCUGGAAGUUCAGUGGUGUUACAUUACUUAUUUAAGAGUAUGCUUUCUCCAUAUCCAUUAACAUAUUUAGCAUAACCCACUUGCUUAAAAGCAAAAGGUUCUUAUGUAAAGAUUUAUCUGUAAGGCAAAUCCAGAUUUCUGCAGUGCUGAUCAGCAACUUGGGAACUGUUGUUUCAUACAGCAUCACAUGUUUCGUUUAAGUUUAUUAGUAUGAAAACAAGAAUGUUCUGUACUUUAAUUAUUAAUUAUCAGUUUGAAUCUUGGCCCUAUUGUUGCCUGCUUAAUGCUUAUGAUUGUAAAGGUACCCAAAGAGUGUAAAAGUUUUGUUAAGGUAUGUUUGUUGAGUAUCGAUAUUCCCUUAUUGUCACCCAGUACUUAUUCUUGUUGUAAAGUAGAUGUUUAAUAAAGUGUAUAUUUUUA